ACUAAAAAAUACAGUGAACUUCUGACGUGAUCUCUCUGUUGUUUUGGAAAUCUACUAUUACCCUGUCAUCACCUGGUUCCUACCUGGCUGGGCUCCCGUCAUGGCCAGCAACACCAGUUUUGUGUGCUGAAGUAGUGUUGCAUUCCUUGGGUGUUAUUGCAAUUAUUCUGCAGCUACAUAGUACAUUGACUGUUUUCCUGCAGGCAGUAAUGUGCAACCCAGCAUGUAAUGUGCUGGUGACGGGAGCAUCGGGGUUGCUGGGACGGGCAGUGUGUGCUGUAUUGAGGAAGGCAGGUCAUGCAGUGAAGGGGCUCGCCUUCUCCAGAGCUGGCCCAGGGCUCAUCAAGUGUGACCUGACAGACCUGGAAGCAGUGAGACUCGUAAUUGAGAAAGAGAAACCGAACUUCAUCAUUCACACAGCAGCACAGAGAUUCCCAGACGUGGUGGAGACUCAGUAUGAGGAGACACGGAUCCUCAACAUUAAGUCAGCCGAAAACAUCGCCUCGUUGGCACACCAGAUCAAAUGUAAGAUGAUACACAUCAGCACAGACUACGUGUUUGACGGCACUUCUCCGCCUUACAAGGUUGGCGACAAGUGCAACCCUCUCAGCAAGUAUGGUCUGACAAAGCUGGAAUCUGAGGAAGCUGUCUUGGCUGCUGCACCAGAUGCAUGUGUGUUGAGAAUUCCUGUGCUAUAUGGUCCUGUUGAGAGGCUGGAGGAGAGUGCUGUCACCUGUCUUCUGAACAUCUUGAAGAGCAGGGAGCCCAAGGCCGUGUCCCACCAUGACCAACGCUGCCCGGCACAUGUCAGGGACAUUGCACACAUUCUGGCUGACAUGAUUGCCCUCAUUGCAAAGGGACAGAACCUGAGUGGAAUAUAUCAGUGGAGUGGACGAGAGAAGCUCACCAAGUACGAGAUGACCCUGACAAUGGCCCGAGUGUUCUCCCUCCCCCACGACCAUGUGACCCCCUCAAUGGAUGCCAGCCCCCUGCGACCCUAUGAUCCCGAGAUGGAUGUGAGCCGCCUCACUGAGCUUGGCAUCAGCCACCACACCAAGUUUGAGGAGGCCAUAAAGGAGUGUUUGUCUGCUUGGCUGUGAGCAAGACUGGUGUGCAGGACAUUGCUCUCUUGUCACCACUCAGAGAUCCUUGAGACAAAGGACUGAAUGAUUUAUUUAAGAGCACUAGACAAGUAGGGCAUGUGGCAGCAAAUGCUCCAAUACUUGAUAUAGAUGGGAACUGGGUAAGCUAUGCCAGCUUGGUGCCAUCUGGUACUUUUAUACAGAGAAAUUUAUUUGACCUCUGAAAGUGGCAGCUGCGCUUCAUUGUAGGAGGGUAAGGUGACUCAUGGGAUGCCUUAUUAUGAGCAGUGCUAGCAAUGAUUCUUGCCAGGACAACACAGGUGCUUGGAAGCUGGACAACAAAUUUCUCACAUUGUUUCUUACCAGCAUAGUUAUGUUUCAGAAAUGUGUCCAUAUGUAUUAUGUAAGCUAUGCAGUUUUGAUCCAGUGAAUGGGUUUGUGUUAUUUGUUGGGAAAAUGUACAGUGUUGAAAUGCUAUUUUUGUUUUAAUAAAUUUUUAAUUUUUA